AUGUCGCUGUUGUGCCAAAGUUCCAUUCAGAAUCGGACAAUCGAGGAAGAUUUUUCUUCACAAGGAGAGAAGAGAAAAUCGCCAAGUUCAAAGAUCAAAGUCCCAGAAAUGUUAUUAACUGGGAUCUCUUCGCUACACUGGCGGGCGUUUGGGAAGAUUCCGCAAUGGACAACACCGAUGAGGACUACGAUCGUUUUGUUGAACACUUUCACGAUUGCAGGAAGAAUGCCCGGAGUUCUGAAACCUUCAAGAGAUGCCUGUUUCCGGAAAUUCGUGCUAAUACACGAUAGUGGAGCAGCACGAGGCAGGCAACCAGGAACUCUCAAGCUUUGCAGAGAGGCGAUAAAAGACCUUAAAGAGAAAAGAGCAGAAGUGCUGGGUGAAACUGCAGGGGCCGGAAAAAGCAUUCGCUAUGCCCGUCGAAGCCUCGUCAAUUGCAAGGGGAAGAUGACUGCUCUCCGGAACCAGAGGAGCACGACCAUCGCAUCGAGUAAGGGAAUGGAGAAAAUCAUCUACGACUUCUAUCUGAUUUCUUCGACAGCCAUCUCCACUUGCCUCCUCACCAUGUUAAGGAAGGUGGAAAUAUCAUUCCAGAGGUUCUUCCGUGCGAAGUAUGACAUGCUAUCAUGUCGCACGAUUCACACUGUUUCGAAACUCAUCGAGGUAUCACGAGAGUACAAGAUGCCGCUCUGUCUCACCUUCAUUGACUUGAAGAAGGAAUUCGACUCAGUUGAGACGGAAACUGUCAUGGAAGCCUUGGGCAACCUAGGCGUCCCUAAUAAGUGCAUAAAGCAUCACUCAAGUGGAACGAAUGCUGACCAAAUUCAACAAAACAUGUGGAUGCAUCCGUCAUCAGCUGAAUCUUCAAAAGACGAUGUUCAUGACAACGUUUAUCUGGAUCGGGAAAUGAACACGGAGAACAACCUGGCCCCGGAGCUACACAGGAGAAGAGAAGCGGCUUGGGGAGCGUAUAAGAGCAUCGAAGAUGUAGCGAAGAAGAAUAGGAACACCCGGCUCCGUGCUCACCUCUUCAACACCACCGUACUUCUUGCUUUGACCUAUGCUUCGGAAACCUGGGCAUUUCGCAAGCAGGAAGAAAACGCGGAAGACUGCCGACCCGAUAGUCAGCACCAAGUCCUUGAGAGAAAAAUUCGAUGCUCUUUGUGUCUCACUCGAAACAAGAAACCAUUGGGCGACUCUGGCACGCGAUCGGCACAAAUGGAAGGAUUACUGGCGCCCGCUCGACCAGUUCGAAGAACACAAGGAGUCAUGUUGAUCACGGUGAUCAAACCACGAUCGGGGAAGUAG